AUGUCGGAGCUCGCAUUCGCCAAGUCUUUCUUGUCCUCAUUGGACUCGCGGCCCAUCAAGCUACGAGCGGACCAUGUCUUCGAUCCGGAACAAGUUGGCCUGCGACUCCCUAAUCUCACUGCUAAUACAAUAUCAAUUGUGGCUGAGCAGUACACUCUUCCUCGCCUGCAACCCCCGCAUCCAACGAUGCCCAAGAAGACACAACAAGUCCAGGCCCCCGGAGCUUCGAAAUCAAUUACCAUUAAAGUCAAGUCGGCCCGCAACCCGGCGCUUGAGUUCUCCCUACCGAACGCACCUAUCUUGACAACUACCGUUCAGGACAUCAAAGAUGCGGUUCGGGAACGAGUUAGCGAUGCACACGGGAACCCAGUGGCGCUGGAAAAGAUCAAGAUUCUGUACCGUCGCAAGCCAGUACCUGGGACCGGAAAGACCGUCGCAGAGAUGUUGGCCGACGAGCCCGAGGUUCUUGCAGGUGGUAAGGAGGUUGAGUUUGGCACGAUGAUCAUCGGCGGCGCCAAGGCUAUCGAUGCAGUUGAACCCCCAUCAGAGGUCGUCGAGGAACAAGACAUACCGAAACCCGCAGUUGGUCCUAGUGGCGCAGAAAUUCUAAAGACGGAUGCAUUUUGGACCGACUUGCAGGGCUUCCUGGAACAGCGUUUGAAGGACUCUGAAGAAGCGAAACGCUUAGCGGUUCUCUUCAAAAGCGCAUGGAGCUCCACAUGA